UGCGCCGGCGAUGGCGCCGGGCAGCGCCCGGAGCUGCGCGGGAGGUUCCGGGCGGAGCGGGAGCUUCCGGGAGCGGCCGGGUUGAGGAGGAGGAAGAGGAGGAUGAAGAAAGAGCAGGUGGCGCACUGCCAGUUCUCCGUGUGGUACCCGCUCUUCAAGGCCGUCACCAUCCGCAGUGUCAUACUUCCCCUGCCAGAGAAUGUGAAAGAAUAUUUGCUGGAUGAUGGAACACUCGUGGUUUCUGGAAGAGAAGAUCCUCCAAGUCACGCUCAGGAGGGGAGUGAUGAUGCAGAGGAGAUACAGUGGUCAGAUGAUGAAAACACUGCAACACUUAAGGCACCAGAAUUUCCCGAGUUCACAGCUAAAGUUCAGGAAGCAAUAAGUUCCUUGGGUGGCAGUGUUUUUCCUAAACUCAACUGGAGUGCUCCAAGGGAUGCCUACUGGAUAGCAAUGAACAGCUCUCUGAAAUGUAAAGCUCUCAGUGACAUCUUCCUCCUCUUCAAGAGUUCAGACUUCAUAACUCGUGACCUCACUCAGCCAUUUAUUCACUGUACUGAUGAUUCCCCUGAUCCUUCCUUGAACUACGAGCUUGUUCUUCGCAAAUGGUGUGAACUAAUCCCUGGUGCAGAAUUCAGAUGCUUUGUUAAGGAAAACAAGCUUUUAGGUAUAUCCCAGAGGGACUACACCCAGUACUACGAUCACAUCUCUAAGCAACACGAGGAGAUCUGUAGAUCCAUACAGGAGUUUUUCAAGAAACACAUACAGUAUAAAUUCUUGGAUGAAGACUUUGUUUUUGAUGUGUACAGAGACAGCAGGGGUAAGAUUUGGUUAAUAGAUUUUAACCCAUUUGGUGAAGUAACAGACUCCCUGCUCUUUACAUGGGAAGAACUCACCUCUGGGAAAAACUUGAAAGGAGACCAGAGUGAAGGGGAAGCAACAGAACAGGAUUAUCCAGUGUUCCGUUGUACGAACAGCAAAGUCACAGUCCAGCCCAGUCCCUACCUGAGCUACCGACUGCCCAAGGACUUUGUGGACCUUUCCACAGGAGAGGAUGUUCACAAAUUGAUUGACUUUCUUAAGCUGAAAAGAAAUCAGCAAGAUGAUGACUGAGGUACCCAGAAGCAUUACAUUGAAUUACAAGCAAGAAAUGUGGCAAAAGCUGUAUUUAGCAUAACUAUUAAACUCUUGAUUUAAAGAAAACCUGCUUUUUAUAGUCAAUGAAAGAACUGAAGAGCUGUUCAUCCUCUGUGUCUGUUGGUUUAUACAAAAGUGUAGAAAAGCUUUUUCAGGGAAACACAGAAGGUCAGGGUGAGUUCUCACUGGAUUCCAGGUGCAAAGAAGCAACAACCUGAGUGCAGCUGAACAACUGCUUUCCCAUCUCAUAAUGUGAACAUUGAUGCCACUGAGCUACGCCUUUGGACUCCCCAAAGUCCAAAGUGUAAAUACAGCAACAUGUAAUGCUUGUCCAGUAAAAACAUGGUGUAUUCUCUGAAUUCAGGCACAGUCUUGCUUAAAAUGUAGUCACAAAGAAGAAGGAAUGUACAUUUUUAUCUGUAGUAACCUUUAAAAAUUGUAAAUUGGUUUUGUUUUGGGAGCACUUCUCAUCCUUUAUGUAAAAAAAAAACCUAAAAAAUGGAGAAGGGAUUUUUUAUUUGUUACAAGGGCUAAUAUUUCAUUUCAGAUAACAGCUAUAGCUAGAGUAGACUGUUUAAGGUUUGAAAAUUUUACAUAUUGGGAAUUUGAAGUUCUGAAUGCAUUUCAAGUAAAGUAAUAUUUUCACAGUCGCUAAAGCAACAAAAUUCUUUCACCUUCACCAAAUUUCAUUUCAUUUUCAUAGUAAAGCUUUCUUGAAACCUGAUUUUUUAAACAUGAUUACAUACUAGACAUCAUCUGUGACUUUAAUAUAUGUAGUUAACAACAACCUAUAAUUUUAUAUGCAGACUCAGUCUUGUUUCUUUUGUGUCACAUCUCUGAGUUUCUUAAGAAAGCAAUUACUCUUUCAGCUCUUAAAAUUCUGUAUUCAUUUGGUACUUCAUGUUUUUUGUAUAAAGGGAAGCUUGGCUAAAUUUGGGGAAACAGAAGCUCUUGUUACCAAUUGCUGUUGUUUGGGAGGUGGGGGAGGACAGUUUUAGGUGAAUCACAAGCUGACUUUUGGAUAUAGGUGUUUGCAUGGCAUCACUAAUUUAUUAACAGUGUGCAGAGUUCCCAUUGAAACAAAAGGACAUUUGGAGGUUCAUAACCCCUGGAAAUUGGUUCCUGUUUCAAACCAGUUACGUGAUGUGUGUGUGUAUAUAAAGCUGUUUGUGUUUCUUUGCCUUGCUUUUGCUGUCAGAUUGGAAUGGUGCUUGGUUACAAUCUGUUCUUGGAUGUUAAAUCUGAGCUAAGAUGUUAAAUUAUUACUUACUGUCUUUAUUUAGCUUCACUUUUGAAUGAAAAUUUACUUGAGUUAAAGAUUGUGCAGAUUAAAAAUCAAGUUCUACGACACACAUUGGUGAAACAUCACAGAUUAAAGCUCCUGGAGUCAGAACAAGUCUGCCCUGCCUUUGAAGCAUUGGAACCUGCUUCUCAAUAGCUUUUUGUAUUCAAAUUAGAUGAUCAUUAACUCAGGGCUGGGCUAUAUACCUAAUCCUGCCAUACUGCAGGACUUUGGAUGAGUGUUUCUCAAAUUUGAGUUUGAUGUCUCUAAAUUGGGUAGGAACUUCAAGGUGUAAAAAAUUAACAACGCUUUCCUCUUUCUUUUAAAGUUUCUAGCCAUAACUUAAACUGUUGUGAUGAUCUAACCACAUUUCCUUUACACAGAUGAUGCUGUGGAACUUCCAACAGAUUCAUAAAUGCUUCUGAACUACAGAGUAUUGUCUUUGAAAACACAGUCCUAGUUUAAAGCUGGAAGAUAGUUUCCCACCUCUUCCAUGUGGGCUUCACAAAUUAAUUUACCGUCUUCUCAGCUGUCUUUGCUGAAUGUUCACCAGGACAUAUUUGGUGAUGGGACCAGUUUGAUGGGACCCUGUGUCCCUUUAGAUGGGUAGGCUGGAGUUUCUCUUCUGUGAAAUGCUGACAGAUGCCCAGUCUGAAUUCACGGGCUGCUCAGCCAAGCUAUCCAACACUGAUAGUGAACUGUAGUUUAGAGUUGCAGGAACUGGUCCUGCUUCCUGUGGGCUUAGUCAUAGUGAAGAACCAUAAAAGAUAGCAGAGCAAAAAUACUGGUCCCAUGUUCAGGCCCUGGUGCAGAAAAAAUGCCCAAUAUAACAAUAAGAUCUGCAUGAUCAGGUCCCCUAAAAUACCAUAUCCCUACAGUUUAAAUACAUACUUUAGAUGUACUUUGCUUUUUUCCCUAACUUCAGGUAACCAGACAGUGAAUUUUGUUUGUCUAUAAAUUAAAGAUUCCUCUUCUAAAAGAA